CUGUUGUCAACUUGUCUAGGGUAUGUCUAGGUUCUCUUCAGUCCUUCCGCGCUGUUCAAAAUGAGAUGUUGGCAUCGAGCUGUAGGCAUAGCCCUGUCAAUGGUUGUUAUUUCGGACAUCAGUGGUCCAAGGAUCCUUGCUCGCAAGGGUCUGACACAACUUUGAUCAGCAUAUACGGCACUGAGCGCCGAGCGGGUAUGAAGUCAGCAUGAGUUUGUUAUUCGUAGUACAGUUGAGAGUACCCAACUUCAGGGAGGCCGCGUGAUCAUCUUGUUCGCUGGUUCCAACUGUAGGGUACCCUAAAUCGCGAGAGGCUUUAGGCCAGCAACUUGCACAUAGACCACCACUAUUGGCAAUCGCAUCAUGCAAUGCCUGGACACGCAUUCGUCGAAAACCAAGGAACGCUGUGGUACCCUUGGCAUGGAGGCAAGGAACCAAGAAAGGAGACCGAUCAUCCUGCUGAAGCAGCCGAUGUGAAGAUCAACAACACAGUGAUCAUACCAAGACUGCGGCUGCAGCGACAUCCCUCCUCCAUCACUACUGCGGGACAUGCGAGGAAACUUCGCCUCCACACGUCUUCAUAUGACCUGUCGUCGCUGUCGACUCGACCGUCGCGCCCAAAUGUAGAAGAGUUGGAGCGAGGAAACCUCCAUGGCUACUGCGUCGCUGAUGCCUGCAGAAUGCCAAUACUAUGGUAACAUAGCGUGAGCUUGGCUACUGUAUUGCAAGCAAACCUCAGCGUGGAACCAGUGCUGAUCUG